GAGAGUUCUUCCGAUGAGUCUAAAGUAUCUCGAUGGGUCUCUAAGUACACCAUAGUCAUGCUCCAAUUUUACCUGCACGAGGAAAGGGAGGGAAUCCCAAAACGCCAUUUGUGCUCUUCCACCACAAUAACAAAACGUCUAGAGAGGAAAUUACUGUAUUUCGCCCACCAACUCUUUCAACACCUUCCCAUUGAUAAUUCACAAACUGUUCUCAAGAAACCUCGAGCACAAAUGAUUUUCCGGCUCGAAAUCAGAACUGCGCCGGUCCUGUCUGUUUCGUUGAAGAAGAAGCCUCUGCGGGUUCUUUAAUACCAGUAGUUGAGCUCUCACUCUCUUGAUUCGGGUGUUGCUGGGUCGCUAGCUCCAAUUUUGACUUCUUUCCAAGAAACCAAUAUUUCCUCUCACUACAAUUAUCUUCUACAUACACUAUCCUCAAAAGCUUUAAUUUUUGGUGGAAGAGAAGCUCUGGGACUGGGUUUUUUCUGAAAUGGGGGUCUUGAAAAGAUUGGAUCUUUCGUGCGUGGGCAGAGGAAAUCGAGGGGGGAUUUUGCUGAGAAUCAUUUUCGGUUUGUGUUUUGUGUCUUUGUUUUUCUGUCCGGUGGUUUCCCUCAGACCUUUAAGGGAGGUGUAUCAGUCCUGGGGUGACGAGUGGCUUUUUGUCAGAAAGGACGACAAUCAAAUGGCCCCCUUUUCUUCUUGGAAUAUUUCAGGGACAUAUAGAGGAUCAUGGAGGUUCUUAGAUUCCGCAAAUAUGACCACCAGGUUUCCUGAUUUUAGGAAAUCCAAUGGCAAUUCUGUCCUUGAAUUGAUAAGUACACCGACAAAAAUAACCGGUGUGCACUAUAUUCAGGGGGUGAUGGUUUUCCAUGAUGUUUUUGAUAAUGAAAAUGAAGUUGCUGGUGCUCAAAUCCGCAUAGAAGGUGUAUACAUAUGGCCCUUCAGACAACUACGAUUGGUAGCUUACAGUGGCAAAGAGGGUGAGUUCAGCCAUGAAGAGGAGUAUCUCACGUCAAAUCCUUAUCACCUGCUUGGAGUUUUUUCAUCCCAGGUGUUUCAGGAAUCUCCUCGCGAUAAAAUUUGGAAAAGGAAACACUCGCCAGUUUAUGAAGUGGGAAAGCAUUGUAACAUUGAAAUUGCUGCACAAGUUUCCCGAGUCUCAUCCGCCCAAAAUGAUGGAGAUAAUGAUAAAUAUCAUCUAGAGGGAUUAAUGGAAAGCCCUUCAGUAAACGAUGAUGGAGAUUGCUUCUCUCCAAUCCUAUUGAAUGCUUCUUCUAUCAAUAUUGAGGUUUACUACAAUAAAGCAGUGAACUACACACUGAUGGUCACCUUUAUAUCAUUCCUUCAAGUUCUAUUGCUAAUUAGGCAAAUGGAACAUAGUAACACUCAAUCAGGGGCUGCCAAAGUUUCAAUUUUGAUGAUUGGGCAACAGGCUAUCAUGGAUGCUUACCUGUGUCUUUUGCAUCUGACUGCAGGGAUACUAGUUGAGUCCCUCUUCAAUGCUUUUGCAACUGCUGCAUUCUUCAAGUUUGUGGUUUUCUCAAUUUUUGAGAUGCGAUACCUCCUUGCUAUCUGGAAAGCAAGUAGACCCAUGAACAAUGGAGAGGGUUGGGAAGCAAUGAGACGUGAAUUGUCAGUUCUGUACAGCCGUUUCUAUGGCAUACUUCUGGGUGGCAUAUUGUUCAUGUACGAGUUUCACAAGUUUCUACGGACAAUUCUUCUGCUUUUACACUCUUUUUGGAUCCCUCAAAUUUUAACUAAUGUCAUCCGUGACUCAAGAAAACCACUGCAUCCUCAUUACAUCUUGGGGAUGACUAUUACUCGUCUCGCAAUCCCAUUGUAUAUAUUUGGGUGUCCUCACAAUUUCAUGCGCAUAGGCACCAACAAGAAAUGGUGUGUUUUCUUGGGCACUUUUAUGGGAAUUCAGGCCUCAAUUCUUCUUCUGCAACACUAUCUUGGAUCUAGGUGCUUCAUUCCUCGCCAGAUUUUACCUGAAAAGUACAGCUAUUAUAGAAAGCUUGAUCCAGAUGCAAUUCCGCCGAUUGAUUGCGUCAUUUGUAUGACUUCCAUUGACCUAAGUCAACGAUCCAACGAUUGCAUGGUGACGCCGUGUGACCAUUACUUUCAUUCGGGCUGUUUACAAAGAUGGAUGGACAUAAAGAUGGAGUGCCCAACUUGCAGGCGACCUCUUCCUCCAGCUUAACACAAAGUAUAUGCUUAUGUGUAUUGAUUCAACUUUGCUCAAACAUUGGCCACACUCAAAGGAUGAAUGUAAUUAUGCUGAACCGCGCUAUUGAUUAGACGCCCGAACUAAACUAACGUAGAGAUUGGGAUGUAUGUUUUUGGUUUACUUUUGUUGAGAAGAAUGCUACUUCGGCAGUGCCAUCAAGAAUGGUUAUAGAUUCCUCGUCGACGAACCAUAUACAAUGUAACAUUAUUACAUUACACAUUAAAGAUUAAAGAUUCAAGAUUAAA